UCAAAUCAUCCCAUGCAUGUUUAUUUUCAAAAUUUUACCACAUUUCUUUUAUCUUUUAUGUCUUUAUUCAAAUAAAACCCUUAGGUUUAAUUCCAACUUUUAAUUUAUAAUGGCAAAACUUUAUCUACUCCUUUCUACAACAUUAUUAUUAUUAAUUUUUAACCCGGCGGAAAGUGCUUUACAAGAUUAUAUAAACGGAAUUACAAGCUAUUUGGGAUUUAACAGAGAAAAUGAUAGUACGGAAGUUCAUUCCGUGGAAUAUAUGCAACAAAUACCUUACGAAGUAUCUGCGUUAGACGAAAAAUUCAUUCAGGAAGCAGUUAAAUUGACUGGAGUGGCCAUUUCCGAACUUGACUCAUGCCAGCAUCGAGUUGUACUAAAGCUAAAGAGUGACUGCAAUAAAAUGAAUGACGAGCAACUUGCAAAAAUGGCUGUUCACCUUUUAAAUUGCCAGUCACAUGUUGAAGGGCGCAAAGUUUACCCUUGCUCUGACGAAAUGAGCAUUAAAGAGUGUACUAUGCACAUGGACUCUGAUACUUGGACAAGCUACCAUUUAAUGAGCAAUAGGGCAAGGGCAGUAUGUUAUAUGGUAAGACAAACUCAGUUCCGAGGUUUAGCAGAGCACACUGUAAAUCGUUUAAUGGAAGCCUCAAAAGAUCAGCUUAUAUCUCUAGGAAGGAUUGCACAAAAUCAAGAAAACAUAUUAAAUCUAGCAGAAGAUACUUAUGAUUCUUUAUCAAGAGCGCAAGUCCAUCUUGCACAACAACAAAAAGACAUGCAACAAGCCCAGCUUCAUGGACAACUCGCGUUAGAGGAUAACAUAAUGCGAUUGGUUGAUGAAAAACGUCUUAUUCAUGAAACCCAUGAUAAACUGCUAGAAAUGACGAAAGAGCUUCACUUUAAAUUGGAAAACUCUGCGCAAUUAAUUGCAGAACAGAGCCAAGAAAGUAAAGUUAACCAUAAAGAGUUGCUUGAUGAUAUUCUAACUAUACAGAGCAAAGCAAAUGAGUUAUUUGAUAAAAUCGAUAUAUAUUCAGAGAUUUUAUUAAAACAGAAUCAAGAAUUUAGAAGUCAGUAUGAAGCGACAAUAAAAAAUCUGCAAGAAGUGAACGAGACUGUUCACAAUCUUGUAAAUUUAGUGGGAGGAACAAGACAGGCUCUAGAAGAACGGCUUUCUUGGUUGAUGACUGCACUAGGAGGUACAGAUGAAGCGGUAGUGCGUCUCUCUUUGGUGUUCUCGCAUGUGGGCUUAAUGUUAAUAGCGAUGUUGGCUUCAGCGUUUGUAUCAGCUAGAGCGAGCACUAGAUUAGCUAUAAUCACUUUACCACCAAUGAAUUUGGCCAUGGCAUUAUAUGGGCAUGAAUACUUGGACUAUUUAAAUUUAAUUUUUGUUGUGGGCGGAUUUAUAGCAGCUCAAACUUUAAUUAUCUGGGCGAUGAACUUGCGCAAAACGAUCCCUCAGGCAAUCGCUUGGUCGAAAGACAAACUAACUCCAACAAAAUCAACCAGUUCGUCACUAUCAAACAACAAUUCUCUUUACCGCGAAAUAAGAACCACAAAAACCAACUUACACACAUCAGAACAUCGCCCAGAGGAACAACAAGAAGAAGAGGAUACAUUCCAGUUUAACGAUGACUUCCGAUCACUGACUCCACCUAUAUCGAGAAACGGUUAUUAUUCAGGUAUAAGAUCUCGGUCGAGGAGUAAUACACCGUUGCUCUUAAAUGGUUCGGGUCGAAGUCAGGCUUGCGGUGCCAAAACUAGAGCCGGUACUCCUUGUAAGUUAAGUUCCUUGCCUGGCAGAAGUUAUUGCUAUAGGCAUCAAAGCGGAGAUUCUGUUAUGGGUUAAGCUAUGUUUGACUAUAGAGAGUACUGGGCUGUUAUUAUGACAAAUUUAGGUUUUAAAUUAAUUGGAUUGAUAUUGCAAGAUAAUUUGCGAUGAUGCUAACUUAAGUAUGUAGAUUUCAAACGUUCGGAAAAUUUCAGAUAAGUUGGAUGCUUAAUGUAUACUACUGUUAAUUAAAUAAAACUAUAUAUGUAGAAAAAAGUUAAAAACAUAGAUACGGUGAAAUGGGGUGAAUAGAAACAGUUUCGGACCUUUUCUACUCUGUUGCUAACAUGGUAGUCACCUUUUUGACAACAAAAAAUACGGAAUCUACAGGUCUCGACUUGUAGAUCAAAAAGCGCAUAAUAGAUUUUUUUUAGAGGUUUUUCCACAAAAAAAAUAAAAACGCUAUUCUUCUAUUCACCCUUAAUGUGGGGUGAAUAGAAACACCCAUUUAAAUUGGUCAAAUUUGCUAUUCUACCCACACGAGGUCGAAUAGGAACACUCGAAAAAAAUUUUAAAUUGAUAAAAAAAAUAUAAAUACACAAAAAAACUGACAAAAACACCAAUUUUACAAAAAAAAAACAUUUAUUUCUAUAGAAAUGUAACAAGUUUAAACAUAUUAUUUAAAUUAAACAACUUUGAUGCCAGUUAAAUUUUAAAAUGUCUCUUCUUGACGUAGAUGCUUCUAUCUCGUCAUGAACUGGGAAAACCUCUCCAACAACCUGGCUAAAAUGAAAGGUGCAAACAUCCGGAACUUCUGGAAAUCCAUAAAUAUAUCCUGACGAGUGUUUGGUGGGGCGACUUCUUAAGAAAGUGGCUUCAAUGUCAUUUUCUGUAAUAUUAGUUACUUGUCCGAUAAAAUAUUUAUUUCUUUGUCUAUUUCGAUAUUUUGUUGGAAAACACACCAGAAGCCAAGUUCCUUUAUCUAUUAAAUCAAGCGAAAUAGGAGAAACACAUCGGAACAAUUUACCAUCAAAGCAGACUGAUGCUGAUGAAUUAUUUAUAUCCAACUUAUUCUCAGACUUAUCAGUGAAACUUGGUAGUGAAGUGGCCAUUUCUGAGUCUGCAUCUAAAGAAUGAUCUUGAUCUUUUUCCAUUUCAGAGUCUUCACUUGAAGAAUCUUGAGCUUUUGCCAUUAUUGGCAUGAAAUUACUAAGGGGCAAAUUCAUUUUCGGGUCUGAAUCUUCAUCUAAGGUUUCCAUACGUCUUUCCAAAUAAUUAUCCCCUUGAUCGCCUUUAUCUAACGGCUAUGGCCUAGUUGUAUUUUCGCAAUUGUUUAAUCAUGAUAUCUAUAGAUAUAGUAUUUAUACGCCCAACUGUCAAGAAAACUCGAUUUUGAGGAAAUGGCGCUUGAUUCCUUGUUCGUUAACAGUAUCCAUUUGUCCCUAUCCACUAAAUGGGUGAAAAAUAUUUCAGCACGAAAAUAUACCUGAAAGAACUGUAAUAUGCGUUAAACAUCCAUAAAACUUCAAGAUCAACUUCUGUAUGACAGUACCAAAGCAUCACCGCAAAUUUGUUUGUGACAUCGAUUCAUUUUAAUCACAGGACGUCGUUAUUUGAAAACCAUUCAAGUUCGUGAGCCCUUGAAACCCAAGGGUCAAUGAAUGUUUUCAAAUAACGAUAUCCCAGUAGUUUUGAUUAAUCUAUAUUAGUAUAGGUUGGUGUAAAUAUUAAUUUAUUUUUUUAGCCAUUUGAUUUUUUUAUUCCUAUUCUUAUUAUUUAAGUUAUUUUAGGUUUACUUAGCGGUUCAUCCUUUUUUUAGUCGAUAAGCAUCACUUAUUAAGACACUAUAUUGAAUAUACGUGAAAACUACAAUUUUAUACUUUUUAAGGCAUGUUGUAUAUUAAACUAAUAAUUAUUUAAAAAAAAAA